AUGUGACCUACCAGCCUAACUUCGUACCGACCAACCUGACGAUCGUCAAAACAUGGUCAUCUCUCAAUACUGCAACAUUCGUUCUUGUUUCUUGUUCAGUUGAGGCUGCAUCUUGAAUCUUCUUGCCUAUCCGCCGUGUCCCUGCGUUGUUUUGCCAUUUGACUUUUUAUCUUGGACACUCAAAUCGGUGGUUGCCCCAUACCUAUAGUGCUAUCUGCGCGUGCUUCCGGCUGCGGGCUACACUAUCUGACUGUUAUUAUUAUUCCUCCUUUCGGUGUCUGGCUGCGGACUUUCGGGCUUCACCAAGAACCCAACUGCAAACUCAAUCACCAUUCACCAUUCACUUCAACCAUCCGCAUCUCUAUACCUCAUCGAAAUCGACGAUGAACUAACUGCGAUAUCGAUCUUGUUCAUCUGCCAAGUACCAUGGCUCCGUCGGAGCCAAAUCCACGACGUGGAGACGACACCAACAACAGCCAAGUCAAUACCGAACCAUUCCCCUCGAUCCAAGUGACCAGCGACAACGGUACAACUUCUACCACAACCACAACCACCGUCGGUCCUACCAUCACCACCACCACAACCUAUCCCUCCCGCGGCGGAAGACCAUACACCGUCACCUCCUCGUCUCCCUCAUCUUAUGUCCCAUCCCCAACGCCCGCUUCUCCCGUCAUAGUCAGCCAAACCAUCACCCCCGUCCCUUCGAACUCGAAUCUCGCAGGCCCAGCGGCAGCGGCUUCAACUGCCCCCCCGCUUGUCUCUCGUCCAACGGUGAAUAGGAUUCGUCCCAUUGGCAUCAGACGAUUGCCUUCUUCCAAUCUAGUCCGUGUUCCAACAAACGGUUCAAACGGCGAUGUCUCAGAAUCUACCACCCAAACCUCUAGGAGAGGAAGAAGUUCCUCCGCUCCACAGCACUAUCUCGGUGGUGCUUCGGGCACAACAAAUAACCUUACCAGACAAACAACCAGGAACUCAACGUUGGCCCCUGUCGUUGAACAUCUAUCAACAGGGGACGCAACACCAGACCGGGACACUCUCAAUGUCCCUGACAGCACGCCUAGCCGAAGGCGCAGUGUCAGUAACGCGGCACGGUCGGUCAUGAGCAGGUUCAGCGAUCGUUCGAGAGAACGGGAUGAGCCCGAAUAUGACGAUCAAGUCGUGGAUCUCUUGGAUGUCCUAGAUCCUGAGGUGUCCACCUUGACCACCCUGACCAACGUCCAGAAUUCCCUGUUCGUGCCAGACCUAGGGCGAUGGCUCAACAGACGGCCGACAUACGAACUCAGCAGUCGACGAUCGACCGUCAGCCGACGACCAGAACCUGGAAUCCCGGAGAAAGACAGCUUCGGCAUGAGCCCCAUCCAGAGCGAGCCUACACACACGCCAGCGGAAGAGCAGGAACCUCUUGGGACCACUCCCAGCAUCCAGCGCACCUGGUCCUGGCAAAGGAAGCCGCAGAUUGAGCGAACACACAGCAUUUCGUCAGUGGUCUCAGACUCGCACUAUGCCGUCCUGCCUCAUGGUGUGUCGCUCGAAGGCUGGAGUGACGAGGACAAGGAAGCCUUGGACGAUCACGUCCGGCACAUGUUGCACUCGAAACGAUCAAAAUUCAAGCAGAGAAUGGUGGCCUUUGGGAAAUAUGUUCGGAAGCCACUGGGAUUCUUCGUCACGCUGUAUGCCGUGCUCAUCACCCUAUUUGGUCUCGCGUGGGUGUUGUUUCUGAUUGGUUGGAUCUAUGUCGGCGACCGGCAGCUGUACAUCAUCAACAUCAUUGACAACGUAUUGGUUGCGCUCUUUGCGAUUGUCGGUGAUGGACUAGCCCCCUUUCGAGCGGUCGACACAUACCAUAUGAUCUACAUUGCUCAUUACCACCACUUGACCUGGCGGCUCCGCCGGGAACAGGCGCUGCCGACCCUGCACGAUCACAACGAUCUUCCCGCCAAGGUUAUAGACAAUGUCGACCCUGAGGCGCAAAAGGCUGAGGAUGCCGAGUAUUCAGUCCUGACGCUUCAGCAGCAGCAGAAGUUGGUGCACCACCAGGCCAAGUUCUCCAAGUCGCACUCUUUCUACAAGCCGCACGAGACGCCGACGCACUACGCCUUUCCCUUGCGUCUGUUGGUCGCCAUUGUGGUCUUGUUAGAUUGCCACUCCCUGUUCCAGAUUGCGCUCGGCGCCUGCACGUGGGGCAUCAGCUACCACUAUCGGCCUGAAGCGCUGACCGCCACCAUCCUAUCAUGUUCUAUCACCGUCAACAUCACCGCCGGCAUUUUGAUCAGCGUGGGUGACCGCAAGACACGCAAGAAGGACGUGGCCCUCCGAAUGAUGAGGCAAGAUUUGACCUCGACAGCAAUGAAAAAGGUGGAGAAGCACAAGAAGGACAGAGCGGAGCAGUUGAGAACGGCAUCCAACCAGGAAAACUUUGAGGUGAUCGACGAGGAAACGGCGGACCAGGUCAAGCCACGCUCGCCAUGAGCAUUGUGCGCUUGCACCCUCCGCAAUCUUCCGGCGUCUUGAUUGUCUUAUCGAGCCGCAGUGACAUGUGGAAAAGAGAUGCCCGCUUGCACGCAUAGCCCGCUGUUUUGAAUAUUAGCACCGGCGUUUGUUUGGCUGAUGGAGGGCCCAUGGCAAUGUAAUUUGGGAAAGUCCGGCUUAAUCUGCCCACUAUAAUUGGAAAGUCAUCAUCGGUCAAGCCGGUGGUCGUUCGGCACAGUUGAACCAGAAGAGUAGCCUCGUCACAUGCCGGGGCUUGCGAGCAUGUUCGAGACCCAGAUAUCCCUGUUGGGCGCAUGAUUCAGACUUUAAUAGAGACUUACUCGGAUGUUGAGCGUCGAACAGCUGGCGCAGGACUGUUGGCAUUGAGUAUUGAACCUUGGACUUAACAAGGUCCGCCAGCGGACAUCAGGCCCGUGUCACCGUACAGUAUGUCCGCACAGAUACACACGUCGACAGAUGGAGCCGCGCAGGUCCUGGAUCGACCGUUGGCCUAUACUGUGAUUUGAUUAGGGACGUAUCUAUGUACAGUACGUUCACGGACUAUGUUCCUCUUCUUUUCCGUGAUUAUUAAACUGCGUGAGUUUGGAUGGACAAAGCCAAGUCCGGCGAAUGAAUUUCCUUUUGACAGAAGCGGGUGUGAGUCGUAAGGAUCUGAGGGUGGGUGGCUGAUGAUGAGGUCGGGGCAAGUCGGGG